UUAAAAGAAAAAGGCAACAAGUUUUUUUUUGCUAAGAAGUUUCCAGAGGCCAUCAAAUGCUACACAAAAGCCAUUGAUCUAAACCCAAAUAUGGCAGCAUUUUACACUAACAGAGCACUUUGUAAUCUCAACCUUAAACAGUGGACACUCGUCUGCCAGGAUUGCAGAAUCGCCAUUGACCUUGACCCCAAUAAAGUGAAAGGUUAUCUAUAUAUGGGUCAAGCACUGAUGGAGAUGAGAAUGUAUGAUGAAUCAAUUGCAUCAUUAACAAAAGCUAAUGACCUAGCAUCCAAUCAAAAGCACUGUUACACGGACGAAAUACAUACGCUUCUGAGGUUGGCCAAGAAGAGAAAACUUCUAGCCAAUGAGGAAGCAGAAUACAAAUCCAUCACCGAAUUACAAACAUUACUUUCAAGGCUUUUAGAGGAAAAAAAAGAAAGGUUUGCUCUGAUUGGUCUGCUGGCACAUUUGGCUUUUUCUUAUUGGUUGAUAAAAUUAAUGAGAGCAGAAAUGACAGAUUUGUUUAAAAAAGCAGAAAUCUUGAAAAAUAACAGGAAUAUUCCAGAUGUGAUGUGUGGCAAAAUAAGUUUUGAACUAAUUAGAGAUCCCGUUAUAACACCAGGGGGAAUAACGUAUGAUAGGAGGGACAUAGAAGAACAUUUAUUGAAAGUAGGUCACUUUGACCCAAUUACGCGCUGUCCUCUGUCCUUUGAUCAGCUGAUUCCAAAUGCGGCCAUGAAGGAGGUUCUAGAUAAAUACAUUAAGGAUAAUCCCUGGUCU